CCGACUCCCAGGCAGGAACGGAAAGGCAGGGGACGGGGGCUUGGUCCAACCUUUUCUGGCCUCUUGAAGGGCUCAAAGUUUGUGGUGGAGGUGUUAGGACUUUCUGCUGGAUUCGUUAAGAUCCUGGGAGGGUGUGGAAAGAGGAGGAGGGGAGGGAGGGAGGAGGAGCCUCAGGGGCAGUCUCUGCACCUAGAUGUUCCUGACCUGCGGGAGCUGGAGUGUCUCUGUGGAGAAGUGGAUGCCGCAUGGGGCUCCUGCCUCCCCCGGGAUCCUAGCUACAGGGAGCCUCUGGGGACCCUGGGCCUGAGGAGCUGGGAGGCAUCCCACAGAGAGGAUCAUCAUGGCGUGUAAGAAGAGGUGCUCCAGCCGGCAGACCAAGUGGGCCCUCAUUGGCAGUGCCAGUGUGGUUCUGGUUUUCGCCUUUGGGAUGGUCCUGAUCUUCGUGCUGCAGCAACGCACCCAGCCAGGCUGUGAGCAGGAAGCAGCCUGCCGCCCGGAUGCAGACAUGCUGGACUACCUUCAGAGCCUCGGCCAGAUCAGCCAACGAGAUGGCCUGCUGGUCACCUGGUACCACGCUGCCAACAGCCAGAAGGAGAUGGGGGCUGCCCUAAGCAGCAACGCCAUGGUCCUGGAGGCAGACGUCACCAUAGAAGGACUCAACACGGUCAAUGAGACAGGAGUCCCAGUCAUGGCACACCCCCCAGCCAUCUACAGCGACAACACCCUGCAGCAGUGGCUGGAGGCUGUGCUGGCUUCUUCACAGAAGGGCAUCAAACUGGAUUUCAAGAGCCUCAAGGCUGUGGGCCCCUCCCUGGCCCUCCUGCGGCGGCUCACAGAGGACGGGAGAGUCCGAAGACCUGUGUGGAUCAAUGCCGACAUCCUGAGGGGCCCCAAUGUGCCCAUCUCAAUCGAGGUCAAUGCCACACAGUUUCUGGCCUUGGUCCAGGAGAACUAUCCUGAGGCCACCCUGUCUCCGGGUUGGACCACCCUCUAUGUGCCCCUGUUCCCGAACAGAACAUACACCAGAGCCAUGGUGGAAAAGAUGCAGGGACUGGUGGGAGCACUGCCACAGAAGGUCACCUUCCCCGUGCGGGCUGUCAUGGUGCGGGCUGCCUGGCCCCACUUCAGCUGGCUGCUGGGCCAAUCUCAGAGGUACAGCCUGACGCUGUGGCAGGGCGCCUCGGACCCCGUGUCAGUGGACGAUCUCCUCUAUGUCCGAGACAACAGUGCCUCUCACCAAGUCUACUAUGACCUCUUCGAGCCUGUCCUGUCGCAGUUCAAGCAGCUGGCCGCGAAUGCCACGCGGAAGCGAAUUUACUACACGGGAGGCAGCCUGAUCCCUCUUCUCCAGCCCCCCGAGGGAGACGGUCUGAGCGUGGAGUGGCUGGUUCCUGACAUCCAGGGCAACGGGAGAACAGCAAUGGUUAGCCUCCCAGACAGAGAAGGCAUGAUCCUGCUGAACGUUAGCCUCCAGGAGCCUGCGGCCAAGGAGCCGGUGCCCAUCGUGCGUGCCCCGGGAGGCCCCGCCCUGACACUGGAGUCCUGCCUGCUGCAGCUCGCUGGGCGUCCUGGACACUGGGGUGUCCAUCUGCACGUAGCAGAGCCCUCAGCCCUCCAGCCAGCCCUGGCCAUGCUGGCCGAUCUCUCCACACUCGGCCACCUGCCUCGGCCUGUGUGGAUCGGGGCCACAGUCUCCCAUGGCAGUUUUGCAGUCCCUGGCCACCUAGCCGGCCAGGAGUUGCUUACGGCUGUGGCUGAGAUCUUCCCCCAUGUGACAGUGGCACCGGGUUGGCCCGUGGAGGCGCUGGGCAGCGGCUACAGGGAACAGCUGCUUGAAGAUAUGCUGGAGCUGUGCCGGGCUCUCUGGCAGCCUGUGUCCUUCCAGCUGCAUGCAGGACUGCUGGGCCAGAAGACGGCUGGAGUCGUGGCCAGGCUGCUGGCCGCCUCCCCCAGGGCCACUGUCACGGUGGAGCACAGCCCUUUGAGGGGCAACUAUGCAUCCGUGCGGGCAGCGCUGCUGGCGGCCAGGGCUAUGGACAAGACCCGAAUCUACUACAGGCUGCCCCGGAGCUACCGUGAAGACUUGCUGGCGGACGUUGGCAGGAACUGA